UUAGAUAGGAGAGCCUGCCAUCUCAGGACAUGAUUCGCUCCUCGCCUCCCCAGCUGCCGCUCUCACUACGUCCAAGCCUGACUCAUUUGCUACCGAUAUUUUGGAUACUAGCAUUUCUGAUUCCACUGAAGCGAGUAGUCCUGCUCACAUGGCCAGAGAUGCUCGUGCCUCUGGUCGGAAAGCUCUGCUGACAUGGGUUGUUAAGCUAGUUUCUAAACUUCACAAUACUGGAGUCGAGAUCCGAGAUUUCGGAACCAGCUGGCGAGACGGUCAUGCCCUCAGCACUCUAAUCCACAGCAUUGAUCCUCAUCUUAUUGAGAUCUCUACGCUGAACGAGCGCACCAACUCGGAAAACUUAGAGAGAGCUUUCCAGAUCGCCGAAGAUGAGUUGGGCAUCCCGCGUCUUCUGGACCCUGAAGACGUAGAUUUGGAGAAGCCGGACGAACGAUCAAUCAUGACCUACGUGGCUCAAUUCCUCAAGGAGUAUCCCUCCGGCCCUAUUGACAGAGUAGCUCGUCUGAAACAGGUUGGUUGCCUUUUAUUAUGA